UCUAAUGUUCUCGUGUCUUCACCUUAAAGUCUCUCCGAGUCUCUCGUUGGCUGAUCGCUCCGAGGCGUCACCAUGUGUCCUCCAGCAGCAGAGCUCCAUGCUGGUCCUCCUCUGGUCUCCUCCCACUGCAGGACCAGCUGUAGACCGUGAACCGUGGAGUACGGGUCUGAUGCGGAUUACCUGGAGUCUGGAUGCGCGUUAAGCAGCGCCGCUUUCAUUCUUUCAACUAAAAUUCUCUUUUGAAUGGGAUUAUUUCCGACAUCGUCCAGCAUGGCGAGCCGCCUCCUGCACACUCUGCACCUCCUCCUCAUCCUGGAGUCGAGCUGGGCUAAACCCGGACCCGAGGACCCCGGGGAGGAGGUCUCACCGCCGGUGGAGCCGCGCGUCUUUACGCACGAAAGCGCAAAGCGCGACAUGGUCUCCAUCAACAUGUUCAAAGUGUUCGACAAGUACAGCAAAGAGCCGCAGAGGCACAAGGACGGGAACACCGUGAGGAGCUUCACAGCGCUGCCCAGAGUCUUACACGGUAAAGAAGUCUUCCAGUUCAACCUGUCCUCCAUCCAGGAAUCAGAGCUCGUCCUCCUCGCCUCGUUCCAUUUCCUCUACAAGCGUCCUCGCCACCACCAGCGACCGUGGCGUCUCCGCCGGCCCCCCCACCCCUCCCCCACCUCCUCCCACCUCCUCUUCCACGGAUCAUCAUCUUCUGCAGAGACUCCUCUGGGAAACGUAACUCUGGCUCCUUUCAGGAAAGGCUCCUGGCAAACGAGAGACGUAACGGCGGUGGUGAAACACGCCAGAGACGUCGGAGAGUUUGUGGUCACGGUGGAGUUUGAAACGGGGGUCCGGGGGCCACAGAGGGGCCCUCACGGCCAGGAGAACCUCUCUUCGGAGAACCUGCCGUAUAUCUUAGUGUAUGCUGAUGAUAGAGCGAUAGACGAGCCGAACAGUGUGGCCACGUCGCUGCAGAGGUACGGGCCCUUCCCCGGAGUGGAGGACGCGUCCCAUUCAGCUUCGAGGGUGCGGAGGGAGCUCCAGAUCCACACCAACGACAUCCCAGAGGUUCAGUACAACACCCUGAAGAACCACGAGCUGUGGCAGAACACGUACUUCCCGGCAGAGAAAGCCAAAGCGGCGGUGAAGGCGGGCAGGAAGCAUGGUCCGGAGAGCGGCGAGGGGCCGGGGAAGCCCCAAGUGUUGAGCUUCGACGAGAGGACGAUGAAGAAGGCGAGGAGGAGACAAUGGAGCGAGCCCCGGGUCUGCUCCAGGCGGUACCUCCGGGUCGACUUCGCCGAUAUCGGAUGGAGCGAGUGGGUUCUCGCCCCCAAGUCCUUCGAUGCGUACUACUGCGCCGGGGCCUGCGGGUUCCCCAUCCCUAAAGUGGUGCGUCCCUCCAACCACGCCACCAUCCAGAGCAUCGUCCGAGCGGUGGGGAUUGUCCCCGGCGUCCCCGAGCCGUGCUGCGUCCCCGAGAAGAUGAGUCCCCUCAGCGUCCUCUUCCUCGACACCAACAGGAACAUGGUGCUGAAGGUUUACCCCGGCAUGUCUGUGGACACAUGUUCCUGUCGGUAGGACUCACAUCAGUGGAGACUUGAACAUUUCCACACUGCAGCUGAGGAUAAACUGAUUUGACUUGCAGGACUCUGGAGUCUCAGUUAGAGAACUCUUUGCUGAAUUUUGGACGAGUCUCCGUCAUGGUCCGACUGAACUUUUUCCUGCUUAUCUAACAAUUUCCAUAGCUGGUGUUCUCCAUCAGACCACCUUCAUUUCUUUUGAUCUUGUCAUCUAAAAGCAGCUUAAAAGGUAUACAGGAUUUUCUUUAAAAUUAAAUAAUGUAUAGACUUUCUUUUCGUGUCGCUACGAAAAUAGCACCAGUGCAGAAAAAAGGUAAAUAUAGAGAGACCGGAGCAGGUGGACAAAGUU